AUGAUGCGGCCAUCUCCUCGAAGAAGAACUCCACCAAGACGAACGCCACCUCCACCCGGGCAUAGAAGAAGUAGCUCUCCAGGGAGACGAGGGAGGCGUUCACCAGCGGCCUUGUCCGGAGGAAGUUCGUCAUCUUCUUCGUCUCGGGCCCGGUCACCGCCGAAGAAGCCCCCUAAGGGGACGUCCGGCCCCCCUCGGAAAGCUCGUAGGCUGUCUCCUUCAGCCAGUCCUCCGACGCGAAGGCAUAGGCCGUCACCUCCGGCACCUGCGCCGCCAAACGCGCGUGAUCCCCCAACACCCCAGCAGCCAAACCGGACAAGGCACAGUCGUGUUUCUGGCUCUCCGGGGAGAACUUCAGGUAAAGCGACGAAACACAAAGGUACCGAGAAAAGAGCGUCCCCUCCACCAGCACCUAAGCCUAGAAAAGUAGAGUUGUCCGAAUCGGAAGAAGAUAAAGGUGGCAAAAUGGCUGCGGCCGACUCUGUGCCGCAGAGACGCCAGUACCGACGACGGAACCAGCAGCCUCCGUCGGAUUCUGGCUCCUCUUCUUCCUCGGGACGUGAGCGACCCAAAAGGUCCCGUGUGAAGAAUGGUGAGGUAGGCAAGCGGCGGAGACAUUCCCCUUCCCGGAGUGCCUCUCCCUCACCUCGAAAGCGCCAGAAAGAGACCCCCUCCCCACCGCCCACCAGAAGGCGCCGUCCUCCUUCUCCUGCCCCCCCUCCUCGAAGGCGCGGGUCUCCCACACCGCCAGCUCGACGAAGGGCUCCUUCCCCUCCCCUCCCCCGGCGCCGCUCACCGUCCCCGAGAAGGUACUCUCCUCCAACGCCGAGGAGCUACUCCCCUUCUCCGCCUGCAAAGAGAAGAACGGCUUCUCCCCCUCCCCCCCCUCCCAAACGAAGGGCCUCGCCGUCUCCACCACCAAAGCGCCGGGCCUCCCGUUCUCCACCUCCCAAACCGAGAAGCUCCCCGGUCACCCAGAGACGUUCGCCUUCGUUAUCAUCAAAGCAUAGGAAAGGGUCUUCCCCGAGCCCAUCUACCCGGGAGCCCCGGUCACCACAACCAAACAAACGGCAUUCUCCCUCACCGCGGCCUCGAGCUCCUCAGACCUCCUCAAGUCCUCCACCUGUUCCAAGAGGAGCGUCGUCAUCACCCCGAAGAAGGCAGUCCCCAUCUCCAAGUCAUAGGCCCAUUAGGAGAGUCUCCAGGACUCCGGAACCCAAAAAGACAAAGAAGGCUGCCUCACCAAGCCCUCAGUCUGUAAGGAGGGUUUCAUCCUCCCGAUCUGUCUCAGGAUCUCCUGAGCCGGCAGUUAAAAAACCCCCAGCACCUCAGCCUCCUGUCCAGUCUCAGUCACCCUCUACCAACUGGUCUCCAGCGGUACGGGUCAAAAAGGCCAAAAGCCCAACACCAAGCCCAUCUCCGGCAAGGAACUCAGACCCAGAAGGAGGUGGAAAGAAAAAGAAGGACAAGAAACACAAAAAGGAUAAGAAGCACAAAAAACACAAGAAGGAAAAGGCCGUGGCUGCAGCCGCUGCGGCUGCUGUAACCCCUGCAGCCAUUGCUGCUCCCACAACCACAUCAGCACAGGAGGAACCGGAAGCGGAGCCCGAGCCUAAGAAGGAGACCGAAAGCCACCCCGAAGACAACCUCGAUGACUUAGAAAAGCACCUGCGUGAAAAGGCGCUGAGGUCGAUGCGGAAGGCUCAAGUGUCCCCACAGUCUUAGGUGGGAAUGCGUGUUACGAUGUACAUUUUAUUUGGUUUGUACGCAAUUCAAUUUCAAAAUUGCUAAAAUGUGUUUGAGCUUUAGACUAUAACAUUUGUUGUAAUAAUUGCUAGGUUGAAGUUCACCAU